AUGUUAACAGCAAUGCACAACCAGAGCACGAGAGUAACCCUCUCGGUUAGCAGCUCCAGCCAACUCCUCCAGGGUGUUCCUCGUGGUGGACCUUCGGAUCUUCGCGCUGCCCGGUUGCGGAUCCAGAGACUCCUCCCGGCCGUCGGACGCAAAGGCCAGUGUAUUGUUCCGAAUCCGAGCAACCGGACCACGAUUCUGGCUCGCAAGAUCAUAGACAAUGGCAGCUCCGAAUCGGAGCAACCGGACCAUGGUGCAGACUCGCAAGAUCUCUCGCAAGCUUUUUUGAUAAAUGUCAAUUUUUUCAAAAGGAAGUUUGUAGGAGAAACUUCGGGUGGAAAAAUCUGUUCAAAAUCUCUGAGUGGAUCUACGGUACAGAGUAUUUUGAUGCAAAUUUUCGACAUUGUAAAACCGGUAUUGGCGAGAGAAGUCUUGUUUGCUGAGGACUCCGGCAAUCCUGUAGCGACCUGGGGAACCGAUAACCCGUGUUUUGUGGAUCUCGGCAAAUUUGUUAUGCUUCAAGACUCAGCUCAAAAACGAAGGGUGAAGGUUGAAAAAGUUACUAGUAAAUUGCUGACUACUUGGCGACACCGAGAAAUUAAUAUACAUGUUCAUAUUUACUCCAACUCGGUGUCGUGCAAAUCUCGGUGGGAACAGGUACAACGCCAAUUGAUCAAAUCGAAAAAUCCAGAUCGUGCAGGAGCGCCGAGCAAUCAAAGUUUGCUUCAACUGGCAAACGAAUUGAGAGAAAAGUUCGGAAACCAAUUCACAGGGCAUUCGUCUUCUUGGAGACUGUGGGCAAACUUCAUUAACUCUUGUCCUGCCCACGAACGCAUGGGAAGAAUGAAUGAGCUUCCACCGUACAACACCCUGAAAUUUUUCCGGUCAGCUCCAAUCUCCGAAGCUGUUCAGCUGCAUACUACUCGUCAGGGCUUAUUAGUUGCUGAAAAUAUUAAUGAAGGGUAUUCCAGAGAACUGGAGCUUAUCGAGCAAGAUUGUGAGCAAAUGAUUGCACUGGGUAAUCGUAUAAAAGAAAGAAUAUCUGCUCUGCGUUCACGAUCCAGCAUUAAUUCAAAUCUGGUAUCCGCGAUGUCUGAAGCAGUUCGGCCAGAGGAAAACGAGCAUAGCCAAUCGAUUGCUGACCGAGUAUCGGAUAUGAUAGAUUCAAUAAUUUAA